AUGGAGAGGAAAAGAGAACGGAGAUCAAGAAUGAUAUCGGAGGGAUUUACAGAAGAGAAAAUACAAGAAUUGGAAAUGAAGGAAAUGCAUAACAGAUUGAAAAAUGCUACACAAAGACCUUCAUUAAAUGUAGACAUUCUUGACAGAGCAGAAACAGACAUUUUGAAGUAUGUGCAGAUGAAGCAUUUUGCCCAAGAAUUUAAAGACUUGAAUUCAAGUGAAAAUGGAGUUGUGAAAAGGUUAUCAAGAUUAGCCAAGUUAGACCCAAUUGUUCACAAUGGAGUUCUACGUGUAGGCGGUAGACUUAAGAAACUGGAUACAACUCUUAACAGUAAACAUCAAGAUAUUAUUCCCAAAGAGUCUGUAUUAGCCAGGUUGAUAGCAGAGGAAGCACAUAAAUCUGUCGGACUCUUGGGAAAAAAUUUAACGCUGGCACUUAUCCGUGAAAAAUAUUCGAUUCUUGGUGUGUCAUCAAUUUUGAAGUCCAUCAUUUCCAGAUGUGUUAUAUGCAGAAGAUAUCAGGCACCUACUUUGAAACAGAAAAUGGCAGACCUUCCCAGCGAGAGACUGAAACCUGAUGAACCCCCUUUUACUCGAGUGGGAAUGGAUUAUUUUGGUCCAUUUGAGCUUAAAAGAGGAAGCAGCAUAGUAAAACGGUACGGUGUCAUAUUUACUUGUCUAUCUUCCCGAGCAGUACAUUUAGAGGUUGCCUUUUCCUUGAAUACAGACUCCUGUAUUGACGCCAUUCGAAGGCUUAUUGCACGACGAGGAAAACCAACUUAUAUAGUGUCUGAUAAUGGAACAAAUCUCGUUGGUGCAGAACGUGUGCUAAGAACAGCACUUCAUUCCUGGAAUACGAACAGCAUUUCCAGUCAAUUAUUACAGUCAGGAAUUGAAUGGAGCUUUAAUCCACCGGCUGCGUCUCACUUUGGAGGAGUAUGGGAACGCCUCAUCAGGAUAGUCAGGAAAAUCAUGUAUUCUGUUCUACAUGAACAAACAAUUCAUUUGGAUGAUGAGGGACUGUUAACCUUGUUUUGUGAAAUUGAAGCUAUUAUGAAUGGACGACCCCUUACAGAAGCUUCAGAUGAUCCGAAUGACCUUUGUGCACUUACACCAAAUCAUAUACUACUCAUGAGAUCAGGAGAGAGCUUUCCCCCUGGAAUUUUCCAUACUUCUGACAACUACGCAAAACGUCGAUGGAAGCAGAUUCAGUAUUUGGCUGAUGUUUUCUGGACACGUUGGAUCAGAGAAUAUGUACCCCUUCUCCAACAGAGACAGAAGUGGCUGAAGCAGGAAAGAAACUUACAAGAGGGUGAUUUAGUUCUCAUCGUGGAAAACACUCCAAGAAACGCAUGGAAUCUCGGUAGAGUGCUCGAAGUGAUAAAGGACAACUAUGAUGUUGUGCGUGUUGCGAGGAUAAAGACAUUGUCUUCCAUUAUAACGAGGCCAGUGACAAAACUUUGUCUUCUUUUGGAAACAGAUUGUGAAAAAGAGAAAACAAAUCAGUGA